AUGUCUACGCCAUCGACGGAUACGUUGUACUCGCAGUCGCCUCACUCCCCGAUCGACAAACGCGAAGCACGCCGCAAGCUCAAAGCACAGCAUCGCGCCGGACAGUAUCUCGAUCCGACCUACGUCACCUGCCUCGUACUACUGCUUGCGCUUCUGUACUGGGUUCUGCCAAUUCCCGGAGUUUUCGAGCUUCUCUACCGACGACGACAUUUGACUUGCAGCUGCGACCACGCCGCUGCUGUGACUCACAAACCCACCAUGCCUUGGCAAAAGCAGUUUACGCUCAGCUCGCGAAGCAAGGGCUGCCAUCUGGUGACCAACGAGAUCAUGCCUCAUAUCGAGGAAGGCCUCAAGGGUGUCAAGAUCGGUAUGCUCACGCUGUUCAUUCAGCACACCUCUGCUGCACUCAGCCUCAACGAGAACUUCGAUCGAGACGUCAGGACCGACAUGGACAUGGCAUUGGACAACGUUGUUCCGGAAUCGCUGCCCUGGAAGCACACCGAUGAGGGCCCCGACGAUUCGGUCUCUCACACCAAAGCCAGCCUGAUCGGACCUAGUAUCACUGUACCAAUUUCCAAUGGGAAUGUAGCAUUGGGCACUUGGCAAGGCUUCUAUCUUUGCGAAUUCAGGCGACUCGCCCACAAGCGCAAGAUCGUCGCUACCAUUCUUCCUUAG